AUGGCUGGCUCCGACUACGGCGUGAACCAUCGCGACGCGAAGGUCAACGCGACCAUGCCGGGGAGCCAGGUCGUGCCCCACCACAGCCCGCGGGGGCACCGCGAGACCGCCGCCGAGUUCGCGGCGCACGAGGCCCAGGCCCACGCCAUGCACGAGAAGAUGGAGCGCGUCAAGAGCAUGGCGGCGCGGCGCAAGCCGGACAAGGAGGAGCGCAGCGGCUGGGGCUGCUCCACGGUGCUGCGAGCCGAGGACGCUGGCUUCGACCGGCCGCUCGCGUGGAGCUGGGUCUCCGUCGGCGCGCUCGCGGCCGCGUCGUACUACGGCGGCGCGCGCUACCUCGACCUCCUCACGCAGGACGUCUACGGCGGCGUGCGCUGCGCGUCCUGCGACCUCCGGCCCGGCCGGUCCUUCGCCUACGGGGGCUGCGCCGCCGCGGCGUUCGUCGUCGCGUCGCUCGGCGUCUCCGACGUCUUGGCGGCGUGGAGCCCGCGGUGGAUCUUCCCCGUGGACCCGGCGGCGCCCGGGGGCGGCCUCGCGCGCCUGCGGUCCGUCGCGCGGUCGGCGUCCUACGAGUUCCUCCAGUUCCUCGUGUCCAUCGCGGCCGUCGUCUCGUACCUCGACGGGCUGCGCCUCGUCGCGCUCGUCGACGAGCCCGGCGACCCGCUGCACCUCCACUACGUCGUCGGCGGCCACAAGCACGCGACGCGGGACCACCCCUGGCGCCGCGGCGACGCGAACGACAACCCCCUGGGCAUCAACGGCCGCGCCGUGUCCGACUUCCUCAGGCUCGAGAUCUUCGUGCUCUGGGCCGUGGGGCUCAACGCCGUCCUCAACGGCCUGCUGCGCGUGACGGCGCCCAAGACCAUGUACGAGCCCAAGCUCUGGGUCGCCCUCGACCUCAUCGACCUCGGCUGCGUGCUCGGCGUCGCGUACCCGCGGAUCCUCGAGGCCGAGGGCUACGCGGGCACCAAGGUCGGCGGCUACAGCAUGUUCAUUUUAUUCGGCGUCUUCCGGUUCCUGCGGGGCCUGCGCUUCGAGCGCUUCGUGCUCAUGCGCUACGGCUACGUGGGCGUGCCGUCGCUCCGGCUCAACGGCGUCUACGUGCGCUUCAUCACGCUGCUCUUCAAGAUGAUUUUUAUUGUCCUGAGCAUGGGGGCCCUCAUCUCCUGCGCCGAGUACCCCUGCGGCCCCAACGCCGUGCGCCACGACCGCCUCGAGGAGCUCGGGAACUGCAACAUCGCGUUCCGGUCCUACGACCGCUGCAUCUACUUCCUCAUCGUCACCUUCUCGACCGUGGGCUACGGCGACAUGUACCCGGCGACGCAGGUCGGGCGCUUCGUCAUCAUCGUCAUCCUCGUCUUCGUGCUCUGCUUCCUGCCGGACCUGCUCGGCGACAUCGCGGAGCUCUCCGACGGCGACGACAUGUCGAACGACGACAAGAUCAUCGCGUCCGUCGGCGCGGCCUGGGAGGAGAUCGUCCAGUGCCACCACAAGGUCGACCACCUCGCGGGCGCGCUCGACGCCAUCGCCGGCGUCGCCAAGGCCGCGGGGCUCGCGCGGUCCCCGAGGGACGGCGCCGCGAAGGACCGCGGCGGCGACGGGGCCGCGGCCGCCGCGGCCGCCGCGGCCGAGGCCAAGGCGACGGGCGACGAGCUCCGGGGCGCCCUGCGCGACGGCUUCGCGGCCGCGCGGUCCGACGCGGAGUACGCGCUCGACGCGCUCCGCGACAUCCAGCGGCGGCUCGCGGUCCUCGAGGACGCCGCGCACGAGCGGCCGCCGGCCUACGCGCCCGCGCGGCCGUCGCCGCGCGCGCCCGCGGCGGCCCGCGACGCGCCCGCGGCGCCCGAGUCGCCCGAGCUCCCCGCGCGGCCGCCGCCGUCCGCCGCGCCGCACCCGGCGCUCGCGUCGCCCUUCGCGCUGCCGCUGCCCUGGUACUUCGCGCCCCCCCCCGACGGCGACGCGGACCGCUUCCGCGAGCCGCUCCGCGCGCGCCGCCGGUCGCCGCGGUCCAAGCGCAAGCCCGCGCGCGACGAGAGGCCGCUCCGGCCGCUGCCGCGCUCAGGCCCCGGCAACGCGUCGCGCAUCGCGCGCUGGGAGGAGAAGAAGGCGCGCGCCGCGGCGAGGCGCGCCGAGCAGCAGCGGCAGGACUCGCAGCAGGCGCGGCAGACGGGCCUGCAGCAGGUGCCCGGCAUGGCCGUGCCCCACCGCGUGGACAUGUUCACGAAGGCGUCGGGCAUGGUCGAGGCGCCGCGCCACGACGACCCCUUCGCGCGCCCCGCGCUCGCGCCGGAGCCCGCCGAGCCGUCGCAGCCGCCGCGGCGCCGCCCGAGCAGCAAGGUCUCGCAGCCGCCCGGCGGCGGCAGUUCGUGGUCCAUCGGCGGCGGCGUCGCGGCGCCGCGCCAGACCAACGCCGACGACUACCAGGCGCAGCUCCGGGCCCAGGUCGAGGCCCGCGAGUGCCAGCGGGCCGAGGACCGGCGCCGCCGCGUCGAGGCGGACCGCGCGGACGACGCGCGCGUCGCCCGCGAGGCCGCGCAGCUCCGCCGGCAGGUCGACGGCGAGGUCGAGCAGCAGCGGUCCCGCGAGCGCAGCGUCCAGGCCCGCGAGGAGGCCUACCGCAAGUACAUGAACAUGGGCGCCAUGGGCAUGGCGUCGGGCGCGCUGCCCCUCGCGCCCGCGGCGAGCCGCGGCGCGUCGCCGGCGCCGACGACGGCGCGCGUCGCGCGCCACGAGCAGCCCCGCGCCGCGCCGCCGCCGAGCGCGGCGCUCGGCGACUACGACCAGUUCAAGGCGAACCUGCCCGGCUACGGGUCCCGCGGCGGCGUGUCCUCGAACGCGUUCGCGUCCAAGGGCACGAACCAGAACACGGGCAACAUGCUCACGGACCGCCGCACGUCCCGCGUCCUCGCGCCGCCGGGCGGCCGGUCCAGCAUCGUCUUCGGGUGA